UUUCAUCUUUUCUCCCUUCACCUCCAGUACAAUCCACAUUCUUGACGGGGAGUUAUGCACCCGGAAUGGGCCUGAUACUGAGACCCCGACUCAAGUACUCAAGUACUCACAGCUGAUGCGCUUGCAAUUGGCCAUGUCCUUGGACGAUAUAUGUACCUCAAAAAUUCCGACUCCGGAUUCCGCACCACAUGGGUCAGAACCGCGCUUGACUUUCGUCUAUACAGUCGCCUCUCUUUUUCUAUACGAAUCCGAGUCAUGGAUUGGAUGUACAGAUUCGGAUGGAACCGUCUUGGGGCAGCCUGAGAGUAUUGGCUCUACUCUUUAAUAAUACAAUCGAAGACACUCAGAUUAGCAGGCGUCAUGUACGCUCACAUCUUGAAACUUUUUCGAAGACAUGCCAGGGAAGUUUCUUACGGAAGUCCGAAAAGAAUCAAGGACUGCAUAGAAGUAAUCAAACGGCGUUCAAACUUCAAGUAAGGCUGCAUUAGCGCCUCUUCACUCUCAUGGGGUAAGAGCGCACUGGCGUGAUAACACGGUCACUACGGAAAGACUGAAACACUCUAAUUGGUGACCUCGAAGGGUUUGAUGCGGGGGAGGCCGACCAGACCGGAGUACAAGUAUAUAAGGCGAGUACUCGCUGAAAACAUUCUCUUUAUUUUUCCACCCCUUCUGCGAUGUCUACAACGUCGGCAAGGAGUCUCUCGCCUGAGCACGACAUCCCUCUCAGGCAAAUCAAACGGGCCACUUCUCCCAGUCGAUCAGUUCUUUCUUUCAGGCAUCUCAACUAUCAGGUCUCCCAGAAGAGAGGCAAGACUAAAACUUUGGUGGACGACGUUUCAGUGGAUGUCAGGUCUGGAGAGCUAUUGGCUAUCAUGGGACCAUCCGGCGCUGGGAAGAGCACAUUACUUGAUUUGAUGGCGUUUAGAAAAGCAUCUACAUCAGACUCAAUCGUUUCCCUCAACGGGGACCACCUCGAUGCAAAAAGGAUGUACAAAAUCUCUGCCGUUGUUGAACAAGAAGACGCGUUACUAGGAGUGCUUACUGUUCGAGAAACAGUUUCUUACGCGCUUCGACUUCAUUCCCCGAUGAUGUCGAGAAAGGCGGUCAACGAUCGCGUAUUGCGCGUGUUGACAGCCCUAGGUCUUCUGGGUUGCAUGAACCAGCGCAUUGGAACCCCAAUAUCGAGAGGUAUUUCUGGAGGUCAGAAAAGACGAGUUACUGCUGCUUGUGCAAUGGUCACCUUUCCACGGAUUCUUUUUUUGGACGAAGUGACAUCUGGCCUAGAUAGCACUUCAGCUCGGGAAGUAAUGUCCGCGAUCCGGAAUCUCGCUGUUGCAGAGGGAAUGAUAGUCAUCGCCACAAUCCAUCAACCAUCGCUAGAGACCCUCUCUCAGUUCACCGAUCUUAUUCUCCUUGCCCAUGGCCAAAUUUGCUACUCGGGUGCUGUCGACGGUCUCGAGAGUUUCUUUGAAAGGUGGGGGAAACCGGUCAAUAAAUUCUCUACACCUUCCGAACACGCUAUGAACUUCUUGAACGACGACUUCUCCGUUUCUACAUCACCCGUUGACGCAACUUCUUCAACAGCUGCAGCGUUCCGACGACGCUACCUCUCCACUAUUUCACUCAACGAUCCGAAUUCUCAAUCGAGUUCUUAUUCGCUUGCGACGGAAAAACCGACCAUGUCCUCGGGGAUCGGACAAGACGGACGUGACGUAGGGAAAGCUGGCAUAUUGGGGACACUCUUCUGGAACACUUGGGUGCUCUCUGAAAGGUCCGCGGUCAAUUAUGCCAGAAACCUUUUGGCGUAUGGCGUUCGGGCUGGAAUGUAUGCUGGAAUGGGCCUUAUGUUGGCGACCAUAUGGAUUCGUUUAGGAACCAAGGACUCGACCAUAAACGACCGUCUCUCAGUCCAUUUCUACAGUGCGGCGUUCCUUUCUUUUAUGUCAGUUGCGGGCAUCCCGUCUUUCCUAGAAGAACGAUCGGUGUUUUUCCGUGAGACAAAGAAUGGGUUGUAUUCAACACUUCCAUUCGUGCUGUCCAAUACGCUCGUGAAUUUGCCCUUCCUCUUUGCGUGUGUAGUACUGUUCUUGGUGAUCUGUUAUUGGGCCAUUGGUCUUCAUCCAGGAGCUGCGGCCUUUUUCCGAUACCUCGCAUUUUUGUACCUCACCAUCUUCGCCGCCGAAACACAAGUGUUGAUCGUUGGUGCCGUGAUACCUAUUUUCGUGGCUGCACUCGCGAUCGGUUCUUUUAUGAACGGGUUCUGGAUGAGUGUUGGUGGAUAUUUCAUCAAGGCACGGUCGUUACCUAGAUUUUGGUACUAUUCGUUCCAUUUUAUGGAUUAUCAACGUUAUGCGUUUGAUCUCUUAUCGAAUUCUGAUCUACGAGGGCUGGUUUUCCAAUGUUCGAACGCGUGCCAAUGUGCCUAUCCUUCGUCGACGCCGGCUACGUGUACUGUGUCCGGGGAUGAUGUGCUUGAGUAUUUGGAGAUUCGGGAUAUAAAGUAUGGGAAGUGGAUUGGGGUUAUGGUUGGGAUUAAUGUGGUUUAUAGGAUUUUGCUUUAUGUCGCGCUUAGGCUACGAACGGAGUGAAGAAUGAUGAGCCUAUUCAUGAUCAUGAAGUCAUUCAUUUUACUGUACAACGCUUCCGUUACAUUUGAUAGGAUAUUCUUUGUGUAACUAUAAUUACAAAAUCAAUCUUCAUGAUUAUACAAGGGACAAAACCAUAAAA